GGAAGUGGCUUUGCUCAGAUGGAUGAGUUUGGAGAAUACAAGUUGGUGAUUGCUGUGAGAUCGGAUCUCAAAAUGGGGAAAGGAAAGAUUGCCGCACAGUGUUCACAUGCAUCAGUGUUGGCAUAUAAGCAGACCCAAAGAAAAAAUCCAGAAUUGCUAAAAACAUGGGACUACACUGGACAGCCUAAAGUUGUUGUAAAAGUAGAAGAUGAAGAACAGAUGUAUGAUUUAGCUAAGCAUGCAAAAUCAUUAGGGCUGAUAACGAGCAUGAUAGCUGACGCUGGACGGACACAAAUAGCUGCUGGAUCAAAAACAGUGAUUGGAAUUGGACCAGGGCCUAAAGAUAUUGUGGACAAAGUUACUGGUCACCUGAAAUUAAUGUGAUAUACAAUUAUGAAAAUAGAAAAAUACAUUAGUUUUUCUUAAUUUAUAUUUUUUAUUUUUAAAAUAAAGGCAUACUUAACAAACAGGAUUUUUACAAA